AUGGGCAUUGGCGGGGGUCCAUAUUCACAGGUGAUGGACAGCGGUGGUAAGGACACUUCAUCCCCCUACUACAAGAUACCACACAGACACCCAACUAUUGACAUUUCAAGAGCACUUAAGUUCACUGAGCAGCAGUUUGCUGACCACUUCAGGGCCAUGUUUAGCGGUGAUGAGACCCAUGAUGCCCAGUACAACAUAGUCACUCCAUACCUGGACACCAUGGGCAGCACACAUGUGUCUGUGAUGGCUGAGGAUGGAACUGCUGUGUCUGUUAUCUGCACUAUCAACCACAUGUUUGGAUCCAGAGUGUUCUCCCCUAUAACCAGUGUCAUUUUCAACAAUGAGUUGUCAGAUGUCUGUGGGAACGCAGAUCAUAAUGCCACCUUAAUGAUUUGUUUUAUGGUUUGCCUUUCAAGUGAGCAGCCUCCCUCCUCCAUGUCCGCUGUUGUUUUUCAGUCCAAGUACAAAACCCUGGUGAGUGGCGGGUCGGGUGGCAACAUGAUCACCACAGGGAUGGCCUUGACCCACCUGUUGUUUGGAAAGAGUCUGGAAGAGGCUAUCGCUGUCCCUGUUGGGUUUGUGGAUAGCAAGAAUGCACUAAAGUUUGACCAAACUAUUGUGGAAGAUCUGAAGGCUCUAGGGCACAAAGUUACAAAGUACUCUUACAAUGUGGUCAAUACAGUGGAGAAGGACAAUGGUUGCAUCUAA